AUGACAUCCGAUUAUCGAUCACCCCUCAUGUAUGAUGCGAAUGCAUCCAAGCCCUUGUACGUGGGACAGGAGCAGCCUCAUGCGCGAUUUACCAAGGAGACAAGGUCAAGUGAGACGUACGAAUGGACUGAUGAGGUGGAAGAAUGGACCACUGAGACAGCUAUCAAAUUAACAACGUACAAGAAAAAGCCAGACGUAGCCCGGAAACAGGUGAGGCCGUCUACCGGAAUCCAGCGCCAGCAGUUGACCACUUCUCACAAGAGCCUCCCGUUCGUCUCGGAAACAGGAACAGCCAGACCGAAAGGCACUUCUCGGACUUUGAUUCGCUCUCAUGCGAGAAGAAAGCCUGAUAAUAGAACCAAGCCUCCAAGCCAACCUGCUUUAAUAGCGCCUCGAAACGACAGCUUGGACGCUAAAGAGGAAAGCGACGAGAGACACCAACACUCCCAUGUCUUCGAACAACAUCAACUCAGCCUGUUCCCACGCACGGCUGUAAUCGACCCUUUUCAAACUCUACCCGUAUCAGAUACUGGACAUGCUCAAUUCUAUAUCCAUUACUAUGAUGCUGUAUUCAGCGAGACGGCCUCUCCGGUCAACCCACGAAAAGAAUACCUCUCCUUCGUUAUGACUGAUGCGGCACUGCUCCAUGCCACCCUGUCGCACUCUGCGCUGCGGCACAAUAUACUUCAUGGCCUUCCAAGUCCAGACUCUACAUACCACAAGGCAAAAGCAAUCCAAAUCGUCAACCGCCGGUUGAGAAAGCCAGUACCUGAAUGUACUGAUGCCACUAUCACAGCUGUCGCCUGUCUUGCUCUCUUCGAACAACUUACCGGGUCGGAAACAAGUGCGAAACUGCACAUGGAUGUCCUCGAAGCUAUGGUUAGCACACGUGGUGGUAUCGAUGCCAUGCGGCAGGGGAGCCACGCGAGAAAGCUCACAACAUGGAUCGAUAGCUGCGCAUCAAUCCUCCUCGAGACUCCAGCUCGAUUCACACUCACACUUUCACCUGAUGAAGAGACGCCCACAGAAUGGGUUCCCUUCUCCAGCCUGGCACAAGCAUACGUCUCAAGACUUACUACACACACCUCCAUCCCGAAUCUCAGCUCCGAAGCGAUCUCCGUCUACUGGGGCAUCCGUAACGUGACGCAGCUGAAAGAAAUGACAUCCCGACUCUCACAACCACCAGAGAUCCUAGCAUAUAGCGAUAUGGUUGAGCGGCUAGAGCGGCGGACUGUUGCUAUCUUGCAGUCAGCUACGUUGAUCAGCUCCAGCCCAGACACGGCUAUCCUCGUCCUUUUCGCAAAUGCAACAUCAUUACACAUCUACAUGUUUAUGCGCGACAUGCCGCUGGGGAUAUCUUUCCUAGGAACUUUAGCUCAGCGUAUUCGGAGGGCGUUAUCCUCGCUUACGCUCAGCGAACGCGACCAUUUGCAGACUCUGUACCCGGAAAUGUGUCUGUGGGUGUAUUUAAUGGGUGGGAUCGGCGGACUUGCCACAGAUGAGAGAAUAUAUUUUGCGGAUUUGACGAAGAGGAUAUGCAAGACUAUGGCGUUGAGAGGCGGGGAGGGAGACGCGGACGUGGAUAUGAAUGAUGCUGAGAAAUGCUUAGGGGAGUGGUUGUGGUGUGAAGGAUAUAAGGGGGCCAGUACAGAAGGAUUCUGGGUGGAAUUCACCAGUGCUGGGCUCAGCGUAGAGGAUGUUGACGGCGAGCUAUUAACCGAGGAGCAGACACCGGAUGCAUGA